ACAGAGGCGCGGCGCCCGCCCCGGGCAUGGAGGCGCCGCUGGCCAGCGCUGGCCCCCGGAGCUGCGCUCCGCGCUGCCGCCGCCGCGCCUCGAAGUUUGCCGGCUGAUUGGGAAAGUUGCGCUUGGGUUCGGUCGCCCCGCGGUGUCCAGCCUCCAGGCCGGUGCAGCUCAUCGCCGCCGCCGCCCUCCGCGGGGUCCCGGCCCCGCCAGCGCCGCAGCCCCGCCUGCCGGGGGCAUGUAAGCCGCCGCCACCCCGAGAGGCCGGGCGGGCUGCACGGGCCCCGGCGCGCGCGGGCGAGGGGUGCGCCCUGGCCCCAGGAAGCCUAGGCGCCAUGGGCAUCCAGGGCAUGGAGCUGUGCGCCAUGGCUGUGGUUGUGCUACUGUUCAUCGCCGUCCUCAAGCAGUUCGGCAUCCUGGAGCCCAUGUCCAUGGAAGAUAGCAGUGACAGUGAGCUGGAACUGUCCACAGUGCGCCACCAGCCAGAGGGGCUGGACCAGCUGCAGGCACAGACCAAGUUCACCAAGAAGGAGCUGCAGUCACUCUACCGGGGCUUCAAGAACGAGUGUCCCACGGGCCUGGUGGACGAGGACACCUUCAAACUCAUCUACUCGCAGUUCUUCCCUCAGGGAGAUGCCACCACCUACGCACACUUUCUCUUCAACGCCUUCGAUGCCGAUGGGAACGGGGCCAUCCGCUUCGAGGACUUCGUGGUCGGGCUCUCCAUCCUGCUGCGAGGGACGGUACAUGAGAAGCUCAAGUGGGCCUUCAACCUCUAUGACAUUAACAAGGAUGGCUACAUCACCAAGGAGGAAAUGCUGGCCAUCAUGAAGUCCAUCUAUGACAUGAUGGGCCGCCACACCUACCCCAUCUUGCGGGAAGAUGCGCCUCUGGAGCACGUGGAGAGGUUCUUCCAGAAAAUGGACCGGAACCAGGAUGGGGUGGUGACCAUUGACGAGUUCCUAGAGAGCUGCCAGAAGGAUGAGAACAUCAUGAGCUCCAUGCAGCUGUUUGAGAACGUCAUCUAGGAAGUGUGGGAGAAAACCUGGGUGGCUGCUGCCACUUCACCCCCAGGAAACCUCAAUCCUGCCAGGAGCAGCCUCCAUGACAAAGUUUUUUGUAAUAUAUUUGCAAAAAGUGAGCAGUGUACUCCACACACACACACACACACACACACACACACGGUUCAUUUGGGCUGGCAGAGGGUGGUGGAGUCAGGAGGGGCUCAGCCCCCACCAGCCAGUGUCCUUAAGAGCCUUGGGCAUGGGCAGCCUGGUCUCCAAAGCAAAAACCCCUGUGAGCCCCUGAGACCUCCCCCAGCCCGCCUCCUAGGGGCCUGGCCCCAGUAUUCCUCUGGCCUCCCCCAGACACUCCUGGCCUCCCAGAAAGCCUCACCGCAGGACCCUGGAGAGCCAGCUGAUGGAGAGGGGCUCUAGCUAGGGAAGAGAUGGCCGGGGGGGCGGGGCCUGCAGCUUUCUAGAACCACUUCCCUGAGAUCCUGAGACCCUGUCAUUCCACCCACCUGGAGGAGCUGGGGCUGUACCAGGCCACCCACUGUGAGGCUAGCUCGGGUGUGAGGGCCCUGGCCUCGCUCUCCUCCAUGCCAGGAAGCAGCUGGGGCUCUUGCCUGGGGGUUGCUUCUUGGAGUGUCAGAGGGGGGAACUGCCUGUCCCCUCCACCAGGCAGGAAGAAGCUUCCCUGAACCCAUUCCUGUCCGGAUGGGAAUGCAGUGGGUGCCCAUCGUCCCCGCACCAGGCUGUUCUCCCCUCAGUCCUCACGUCCUGGGGGAGUCAUGUGGCUCAGGGACUGGCAGCCAGGGAGCGGACGUGCUGGGAGAGGUUGGGCAGGGACUUCCCUCCUCUCCUGCUGCUCCUGCCCCCUGGCCCGGCAGCUUGGCUGCGCGCCCCACUGGAGCUCUGUGGCCACCCUCACCCAGCCCUGUACACAAAGCACAAGCACCCUGCGGCUCAGGCCACCCCAAGGGGAGCCGAGGACACUCUGCUUUUGGAGGCCAGGAGCUCCUGGCACGCUGAGCUCUGGGUCCCAGCAGCCUGGAUGAGGGCGGCUCUGGGGAACCAACUCAGGGGUCCCCUCUGUGCCUCAGAGCCAUGGGGUCUUGAAGCCCAUUCCCAGCACAGCUCACCAACACUCAAAAGCACAAACCCAGGGACUCCGCUGGGCUGGGCUAGGCUCUGCCCUGGGGAUGAGGCUUGUCAGCAAGGCAGGGGCCAGCCUGGAGCACUGGGAGUCGGUGGCUGGUUGACAGAACCUUCAGGAAGAGAGAGGCUGCUCCCACCUGCCCAGGCCUCCCUGAGUAAGAGCCCUGUCCUGGGCAGCACGGGCCUCCAGGGACAUUCCCACACGAUACAUUCCAUCCAACGGCUGCUGCCCCCUCGGCUCAGGCCUGGCUCCAGAAGUCCCUGGGUGUCCCCAGGAGGCUGGCCCAGGGUGAGCAGGGCCCUCAGAGGAAAGGUGGGCCUCGCCCUCAGAGUUGCACUGACACCCUGUCUCCCGUCUGACUGGGGUCCCCUCCCCUUCAGGAGGGCAUCUGCUUCCCUGGCUCAGGGAUCCCUCCCCUCCCCGGCCCGGCCCUUCCAGCUGGUGUGGCUGUGCUUGUGGGGGCCGAGGCCACAGGAGAGGGUCACCGCCGUGCCCUUGCCCCUUUGGCCUCGUGGCUGCACGUCCGCCAGGAGGGGUCUGUCUCCCACGCUGGGACGCAGGCUGCGGCAUGUCUGCAUGGCAGAAGCGCCUCCCUUGGGCACGGCCUGGUGGCCCCUGUUCCCAGCACCCACCCACAUUCUGUCCUGUCUAUUUUAAUAAAAUAAACCUGAGAAAGGA